GGGCGUGCCCACCCAGUGCAUCAACGGUUUGAAGAUGGCUCCCCCCUUUGGCAAGGGCGGCGGCAAGGGCGGCAAGGGCGGCGGCAAGGGCGGCGGCAGGGGCCCGAAGGUGCUGGGCACGGACGGGUCGUACUCGGCGGGCAUCCUUCUCAAGGUCAACCUCAAGCUCGGCGGCGCAAACGGCGUCUCAAAGGCGAUGAAUCAGGGCAAAUCGGUGGUGAGCGCGAAGCCGACGAUGGUCAUCGGCCUCGACGUGAACCACGCCGGCCGCGGCAGCACCGCUGACUCCCACCCCGCCAUCUGCUACUCCCUCGACUGCCUUUGCUCCAAGUGGGCGACCGAGGUCACCUCGCAGAAGGCCAAGGAGGAGCUGGUGCCGGCGGAGUGGCUCAAGGCGCGGAUGGUGCACGCGGCGCAAGAGUUCCAGAAGCGCAACCACUGCCCCGUGCAGCGCCUCUUCUUCUACCGCGACGGCUUGGCGCACAACAUGUUCAGUGCAGCGGUGGUGCAGGAGGUGGCGGCGAUCAAGAGCGCGAUGGAGCAACUCGGCAUCUGCCCCGAGCUCGUCUACAUCGUCGUGCAGAAGCGGACGCGCGCCCGCUUUUGCAUGCGGACGCCGGACGGCCGCGGCGCCGGGUACGAGAAGCCGCCGUACGGACUCGUCGUCGACCGCGAAGUGACCGACGCGACGCACCACACGGCGGCGGGCGACUUCUACCUCUCGCCGCACUUUGCGCUCAAGGGCCGCACGCUUCGCACCCCUCGGCCGGCGCACUACCACGUCAUCGUCGACGAGGCCAACCUGACGGCCGACCAGGUGCACGACUUCACCUUCGAGCUGUGCCACGUCUACCAGCGCGCUACCAAGGUGGUCUCGUGCCCGGCGCCGGUCUACUACGCCCACCUCGCAGCCUUCCAGGCGCAGUACAACUCGACGAACUGGCGCGACGAGAGCGCCGCGUGGGAGACGGGCUCGGCCGCUUCCGGGGGCUCGAGCGGGUCCUCGGCGACCGUCCUGCUGCCGAUGCACAAAGACCACGACGGCAAGCUGUGGCAGGUCUAGGGCACGUGCUCGAAUGGCGUGCGCCCGCCGCGGCGUCGCUCUAGCCCGUUGGCGGCACUUGCGGGCGGCGGCGUUCUGGCGCGGGCGGUCAGGGCGAGGUGGCACGCAAGGCUAGGCCUGAGCCGCCCGCGCUCGACGGUUUCCGGAUAGCGGAUUGUGGGGCCAACACUGCACUAGGGGCAUCGCGCGACGCGCUUGGCGGAUGAUCGAAGCCGAGGAGCGGCCCGUUCGGGUAACGGCUAACGCGCGUCCUCUCUUUAGCUCUUGAGAGGCGCGGUACACGGUGGGCCUGGUACGCACGCUCGGGGUGAUAUUGUGUCUUUGAUGCUUCUUUUUGUCGCGGUUCGGGAGUUUGUUUGGUCGCUUUGUGUGUCGUGAUUGAUGUGUGGUGAUUUUUGUGGUACGCAGCUUGCAUAUAAUACUCUCUAGCCGU